GAAGAGCGGCGGUGCGAUGGCGACCGUGGUGUCGGCCGCCGCGCGGCUGCUGCGCGGCUCCGGGGCCCGGGGCGGGCGGCCGAGGUUUGGACUCCCUGCACACAGGCAGUUCAGCAGUGGAGGCGCCUACCCCAGCAUUCCCCUCUCUUCCCCCUUACCUGGUGUGCCCAAGACUGUUUUUGCUACAGUUGAUGGACAGGAAAAGUUUGAAACUAAAGUUACCACACUGGAUAAUGGACUUCGGGUAGCAUCUCAAAAUAAGUUUGGGCAAUUUUGUACAGUAGGAAUUCUUAUUAACUCGGGAUCAAGAUAUGAAGCAAAAUAUCUUAGUGGAAUCGCUCAUUUUCUGGAAAAGUUAGCAUUUUCGUCUACUGCUCGAUAUGACAGCAAAGACGAAAUUCUGCUUGCCCUGGAGAAGCAUGGUGGUAUCUGUGACUGUCAGACUUCAAGAGACACCACCAUGUAUGCGGUAUCUGCUGACAGCAAAGGCUUGGACACUGUGGUCGGCUUGCUUGCUGACGUGGUUCUGCACCCACGCCUAACAGAUGAAGAAAUUGAGAUGACACGGAUGGCUGUCCAGUUUGAGCUGGAGGACUUGAACAUGCGACCUGACCCCGAGCCACUUCUCACCGAGAUGAUCCACGAAGCUGCAUAUCGGGGGAACACUGUGGGCCUGCACCGUUUCUGUCCCACAGAAAACAUAGCAAAGAUUGGUCGAGAAGUGCUUCAUUCCUAUCUGAGGAACUACUACACCCCUGACCGCAUGGUGCUGGCUGGAGUAGGUGUCGAUCACGAGCAUCUGGUAGAAUGUGCCAGAAAGUACCUCCUGGAGGCCCAGCCCGCUUGGGGGACAGCCGAGGCUGUGGAGGUUGACAGAUCUGUGGCACAGUACACUGGGGGGAUUCUCAAGGUCGAGCGGGACAUGUCCAAUGUCAGCCUGGGCCCAACUCCCAUCCCCGAGCUCACGCACAUCAUGGUCGGCCUCGAGAGCUGCUCCUUCCUGGAGGACGACUUCAUCCCCUUUGCCGUGUUGAACAUGCUCAUGGGAGGAGGGGGCUCCUUCUCGGCCGGUGGGCCUGGCAAGGGCAUGUUCUCCCGCCUCUACCUCAACGUGCUCAACAGGCACCACUGGAUGUACAAUGCAACUUCCUAUCACCAUAGCUACGAGGACACGGGCCUCCUGUGCAUCCAUGCCAGCGCUGACCCAAGGCAGGUUCGAGAAAUGGUAGAAAUCAUCACAAAGGAGUUUAUUUUGAUGGGUGGAGCUGUUGAUGCGGUGGAGCUGGAGCGGGCCAAGACACAGCUGAUGUCCAUGCUCAUGAUGAACCUGGAGGCCAGGCCUGUGAUCUUUGAGGACGUGGGGAGGCAGGUGCUGGCCACCCAUUCCAGAAAGCUGCCCCAUGAGCUGUGCACACUCAUCCGCAAUGUGACGCCGGAAGACAUCAAGAGGGUAACUGCCAAGAUGCUGCGUGGAAAGCCCGCGGUGGCUGCUCUGGGAGACCUGGCUGACCUGCCCACCUAUGAGCACAUCCAGUCUGCGCUGUCCAGCAGAGAUGGGCGUCUGCCCAGGACGUACCGGCUCUUCCGAUAGAGCCCCUCCUUAUCCCUGGGGGCCUGAGGCUGCAGGCGAGCCUGCUUCCACACGUGUGCCUGUGUGACUCAGUGUAAGGCGGUCUGGUCUGGCUGUAUAAACGGCAUGCACAGGGGCUGUUGACCUGAA